AUGCGUAGCAGCAACAGGGAUCUUUCGGGCCAGCUGGACGAGGCGCGCGAAACCCUUUCGAAGGUGGUGGAGCUUGUCAGCUCAGUGCAGCGCGCACAGGCCGCGCCGCCUGCCGACCCCAACACCGUCAGGGAGCAGCAGCUGUGGGACAGGCAGAACGCCAUGUACGAAAGAAUGCUGCAGCAGUGGGAUGCGGAGCGGCAGACCUGGCAGCAGCGCGAGGCCGCCCUGCUGCAGCAAGUGGAGGGCCUGCAGUCGCAGUUGCUGCACUUGAUGUGGCAGCAGCAGCAACAGCAGCAACAGCAGCAACAACAGCAGCAACAGCAGCAGCACCAUCACCAGCAGCAGCAGCAGCGGGGCAGCGCGAGCCUGCCGUCGAGCGCGCCGGCGACAGCCCUGCCCGCACCCUCCGCAGAGUCCUCCCGGGAAGCAAGAGGCGCCGCCAGCCUCAGCCCUGCCCUUGCCAGUCCUGCACUGGAGUCAGAGCUCACCUCAACUUCGGCCUCCCCGCAGCCGCCGGGCGUGCCCUCCUGGGCGGAGCUCUUCACGCCGCCCCCUGCCUCCGUUUCUGAUGGUGUUGGCAGCGACGAAAGCAGCACGGCCAGCAGCCCCGCGGCGGCGCCCGCUACCCAGCAGCAGCGGCAGCAGCCGCAGCAGCCGCAGCAGCAGGGGGUCCCGAAGUUUGCGCAGGAGAUCGCCGCGGCGAUCCGGCUGGUGGAGACGGGGGACGUCUUGGUGCAGGAGGUCGACCUGGUGGCCCUCGCGGAGCGCCGCCGCGCCAGCGAGCAGCGCAACGCCGCCGCCACCGCCGCCGCCACCGCCGCCGCGGCCGCCCCCGUCCCCACGCCCGCGCCUGCAGUCGCAGCCGCGCAGGCGCCCGCGCCGCCGCCGGCCGCCGGCCCGGCGCCCGAGCCGGCGGCAGCAGCGGGGAUUGCCGAGGUGCCCGCUGGGCCGCCGCCGACACUGGCGGUGGGCGACGACGACAUUUACUGGGUGGCGAAGCUGCACGCCGCGCUGGACGCGGCGGGCUGCUACCCUCCGGAUGAGGAGGCGGAGGACUUCUUGUUUGGCGAGGGCACGCAGGCGGCGCUCCUGACUUUCCAGGCCUGCAACGGCCUGGCCCAGACGGCGAGCCCCUCCUCGACCAGCAGCAACAGCAGCAGCAGCAGCGCCAGCGCCAGCAAUGGCGGCGCAUCCCCUCCAACCAGCACCUCCCAGCAGCAGCAGCCGAGCGCCUUCGACCCCAGCGAAGAGCCGCGCGUCGCGUGGCCGGUCGUGAUGGACAUGGACGGCGGCAGGGAGGUGCACGCGCUGCACAUACUGCUGCAGAAGCAGGGCUUCUACUGCGGGGAGGACGACAUGCGGUGGUGGAUGUUUGGGGAGUCCACGAUGGCAGCACUGAGGACGUACCAGUCGUCGGCCGGCCUGCCCGAGAGCGGCGUCUGCGACGAGCGCACGUGGCGCGCGCUGCUGGGGCCGGACGCGGCGCCCUCCGUGAUCGACGCGCUGCGCGGGGACGACUCCGAGUUCGAGAACGAUCUGGAGGCAGCGCCGGGGGAGGGCGCGGUGUGGCUGCUGGGGGAGCAGCGCUGGUCGCGGCCGGUUUGA